AUGUCUAUUGAUACAAUUUUUAUACUGUCUCAAAAUGGGUAUACAUCUAUGAUUUACAUAGCCAAAUUUUGGCUCAUAGGAUAUUUAAAGGGCUCAAGCGCAAAGACACUUUGCCUGAAUUCUACACUCAAUUCGUAUAAUUUUUUAGAGGGACCAAUGCUGUAAUUUUGUGAUGUUGAGUCUAGCUUAGGAUAAAGAAUACCCAAUUAUUAGAAUAAAGGAUGCUCUUUACCCUUUUGUUACGUUCUCGGAAUUCAUCAUAGGAGCAAUAGUAACAGAAGAGAUCCCUGUAUUGCAGUUAUUUGCAACACUCUUCCUCAUUCAAGAUGUAAUCAAGGCCUCAUUUCCAAACGAAUCCUCCGAGAUACUCAAAUAGAAUUUGCCUUAAAUCGUCAUCAUGCUUGAUACGUUAUUCGAUUACGGUUAUCCAUAAAUUACUUAAAGAUACAUACUUGAAAGUAUAGCUAAACCAACAAGUCUAAUUCAAAAAAUAAAGGAAAAAAUAAUAGGCAGACAGAACUUCCAAAAAGAAACUGUUUCUGUUUUGGAAAACUAUAUAGAGGGCUAGGAAGAUAUGAGAGAAUAUUGCCAAUAUCGAAUCCCUGAAAUCAAGGGUCAAGAGUAAGUUUACUUCGAUGUAAUCGAAUACUUAAACUGUGUAUUCGAUAAGAAUGGGAGAAUUUUAAUGGAAGAGAUCAAUGGAGAAAUCAAAGUUGAUUGUAAUCUAUCAGGACUACCUGAAUUAUAUGUAUUCCUCAAUCAGCCAAACCAGUUUAAUGAUUACUCUGUUCACGAAUGCUUGCUCCAAAAGAUUGAUACUUUUGAAAGAGAACAAGUCUUGGCAUUUGUUCCCCCUUCAGGAACUACAACUAUAUUUUAUUAUGAUAUCAAAGGGAUUUCAAUUAAAGUUCCGUUUGACUUCAUUCCAAAACUGUAAUUCCUAAGUAACUAAGUUAAAAUAGAGCUCCCUUUUUAAAAUAAAUCAGUUAGAGAUAAAUCAUAUGUAGUUGAUGAACUGCAUGUAAAAUUAACAGUACCAACUGGUUUAACUCUUGGGAAAACGGAGAUGGUUCAAGGAACACUUCAAGAAUUGGAGAAUGUAGGUACCUAAUGAUAUCAUUUAGGCUAUUCUGUGGAAAAUAGGAAAACUCGAAAUUGAUUCAUCAAUUAGAUUAGUUGUAACCUUCACAGCAAGAGAAGAAUUACUCAAUAUCAUCUAAUAGGGAAAUUUCUUGGUCCAAUUAAAAUUUGUUGUUAAGACAUUCAGUCCUUCUCAAACAAAAAUUGAUAAAGUUGAAAUUAGAAAUGGGCCUAAGGAUCUGAUAAAAAAAGCCAGAAAUAUAGCUAAGAGCGGUUAUUAUGAAAUUAGAUUAAAUUAAUGA